UCAACAAGAAACAAAAAUUUGGUAAGCUUUUACAACGUGUAAAGUGAGUCUCGGAAUCCUGUAACUAAAAUGACCUUUCAAAUUAUUACUUUAUACCCACACCACUUAUCAGACCCGUUGUUCGAGAACAUUUGUAAUCUAGUGAGGAACCAGAAACAAAAAUUAUGUGCAAUACAAGACCAACAAGAUAAUACUAUUAUUCAACAUGACGAAGACCUUGCUGUACUUGAGAAGAGCGUACUUUAUGUAAGAAAGUCAUACAAGUAUCUUUAUAACAAAUUGGAAAAGAAAUCAGCUGACGGUUUAAAAAGAUUCCUUAUCACUGGAACAUCGGGCAUCGGAAAAUCAUGUUUUCUGAUUUACGUUUUAAUCCAACUCUUAUGCGAUGAUGUGACUGUAAUCUUUCAGCCUCUCAACGAUAAAUACUUUUAUUGUUUCAAGAAUCUAACAGUGACCCGUGGAACAUAUGAUGAUUUCUUGUCUCUACUCGGUUCACCUACGACAUGGUACCUGGCAGAUGGUGCCAUAUCUCCAAAAUUAGUACAAGCAACGACUGUAGUCUCCCUAUCACCAAAUGGGAUUGCAACAAAAGAUUUUCAAGAAUUUGAGAAGCGUCAUCCAGUUGAAUAUUACAUGGGUCCGUGGACGUUAGAAGAAUUGUUAUCUUGUCGGAAGCAUGUUUUUCCACUAGUGCCGAAAGAAAUAGUGACUAAUCUUUUCCAUAAAGCGGGUGGAGUGCCUAGAUACGUCCUCCAGAAUGUUGAGGUAUCAAUACGAAACGUUAUUGGAAAUAAUAUUGGACAUGAAGGAAGACCAGAUGCUAAAGAAAUGGAGAUAGUUGAGAAAGAAGCUUGCAAACGCAUUGAACUUGCUAUUUCAGAAACUGACGACUUUGAUAAAAUUAUAAAGUGUUUUACCGAAAAUGAAGGAACCUAUGUUGAAAUUAGCAAUCGCAUUGUCCACAGAAUUCCAGACGAAACACAUUGUGAUUACCAUUAUGAAUGGGCUUCUGCUUAUGUAUUUGAUAGAAUUCAAGAAAGAUUAGAGGAAAAGGCAUGGGUUGAUUGUUUGCACAAAAUACGAAUUAUGCGAAAUCCUUAUGAGGCUAGCGCAAGGGGAUUUUUAUUUGAGUGUUAUGCAAUCCACCUAUUUCGUACUGGAAACCAGAAAUUUGAAGUAAGGAAGCUGAGAGGUGAAGAAAAAGAUCAAUUUUCCAUACAUCGUAAGCCAAAUGCUGGGUUUGUAAGAAAUUUAUCCGAUCUCUUAAAGUAUUCUGGAGAAAACAUAGUUAUCGUACCAGAUAAACAAAAUUUUGGUGCGGUAGACUUAUUUGUAACGCCUAAUUGUAUUUUUCAAGUCACGGUGUCGGAACAUCAUCCUAUAAAACAAGUUGAGCUGACAAAAGUAAUCACAAGCAUGCCGGUCUAUAUUAGUGAUCAAAAUGCUAAGAUUCAACUUUACUUCGUGGUUCCAGAUGAUAUAUACGACAAAUUUGAACACCAAAUUUACACAACUCGAGAUAAAGAUUCUAAUGAAGAUCGGAAAGUCUUGAGAAUAGAUUCCGCCAUUAAAAAUGUCGAGCAAUGGGCUCUAAAAGUACAAAUCAAUCCGAUAUUAGAAGAAUAAUGUUUUAUACAAAAAUAAAUAGUUAGAAAAUUUUUUUUCUUGUAUUAUACAGCUUUUACGAUGUUGGAGGAAAUUUAAU